CUCUACUCUCAGAAGUAGCCGAUCCCUUUGCUUCGUGACUUUUGCAAUUCUACCACGCGUCGGAGAUUGAAGGGCUGGCCAGUACAGUACUCUGACUAAGAUUCGGGCUUGUCUUGUCGUCGCGUGACCAAGAGACUUCAGGGGUACCACAUCGCUUCAUUGAAGGGGCUGUUCCAGGAGGCCCCGUCAUGUCCUGUGUUCUCAUCAUCGAUGAUAUCCCGCACAUCGUCCGCUAUGGCAUGCACACAGACGAACCGGUCGGGGCGGAGAAGUGCUGGAUCCACUUCUAUCGCCAGGGAGUAUGCUUUGUCGUGCACGUUGAGCAUGGGAACGUCCGUGGGACGAGGUUCGCAGAACGGUGGGUGCCGUUGCUGAAGACCCCGGAACGAGCGCCCGCACCUGCGACUGGGAUGCGUGCUUGGGUAAAGAGAUGGGAGGACAUGUGCAGACUUGUGAUCACGCCGUGCCUGGGGACACUUGAACGAUUGGUGGCGGUGGCUGCUUCGGCAGAGGCAGAGCCGUGGAAGACUCUGGAUGGGUAUUUGAACACGGUGAGGUACGAGCUUGAGAUUGUCUCCGCCAUGGGAGACGUGGCCGGUGAGAGUGGUGAGUGUGUGGAAGAAGCGGAUGGUGUGACUGCGCGUGUCGUGAAGGGUCCUGAGCAGAAGCCGAGUUAUGAGUUCUGGCCGUGUCCGGCCGAAGAGGUCGAGGAGUUGAAAAUGCUGUUGCCGGAUUUGAGUGCAGAUGACAGAUUGGCGCUUCAUCAUGCGAGGGAUCUUGAGGUUCUCGACGCCGCUAAGGAUUGGAGGGCUCCGCCGUACAAAGUGCGUGCAAAGGACGGCGAGGUGUUUUACUUGGUCAGGUGUGAGAAGAGUGCGCGGAAUGUCAGCACGGGGACGGUGUCGAACAGGAGCCUGGACCGGACCAAUGCCCAUAUCAAACUACAUAAAGUUAUGAGUGGAUCACCGGAUGGUAGUAUGGUCAACGUCAACAUUCCUCGUCUGAGAGGCGUGGUGCUUGCGGGUGUUGGGGCUGCUGCCGUUGUUCCGGGUUCGGGUUCAGGAAAUGAUGAUGGUGAUGGCGAUGGUCAACAUGUCGCUCGACCGUCUGUUGACGACAGUGGGAUUGCAAGUGAAAGACCAAGUGCGCAACAUACGGGGUUGGGAGUGGGAGUGCUCAUCGCCGGUGUAUUGCUCGACUACCUCCCGCAUGCGAGAACACUAGCGGAGUUCUUGGCUCAGGCUCCGGUGCAAUCAGAGAAUGUGGCGAUGGUGACGGCGACAGAGGGGAUGAAACAGAGAUGGAAGGAACAGGUCAGUACGGCUUUGAGGUAUCUUCAUAGUCUGCGGAUCACAAUGGGUGGGCAUGCGAUGCCCGGUUCCGGGCCCGAGGAGGAUAGGAUGUGGUACUACGUCAAUUCGCACACGGUGAUGAUUGUCGAACGUGGGUAUGAUGCGGGUGCUAGUAGUAGCACGACGCAGCAAGGCAGAUCAAGUUCGGACGUCGACGCUGGAUCUGAGCCGCAAAGGGAUGCCUGGCUCUCGCUUGAGGCCGGGUGCACGUUUCACGGCGAGGAGAAUGAGCACGAGGGCGAAGACGAGGACGCUUUUGCUCAGGCUCGAUCAAUGGAUUGGGAAGGCGUUGAGAGGACUUUCAACAGCUUCUGAGAGAGCAUUGCUGCGAAUGGCUCAGGAUGGAUUCUCUUGGCUGAUUCAAAUUCGUCCCGAGUCAUUCCCCCCUGGAGAGAGGCCGAG